UGUUUUGCUUUUUCUUGUUCCCUCCUUUUGUCCCACUAAAAUAGAGUACUUUCUCAAAAGGGUUCUUGAAUUUUUCUCCAUUUCAAGCUUCAUAAAAAACUCAAAAUCUUGUAUUCAUUUUAGUAGUAACUUUUCAUUUUCUUGAUUGAUGAGAUGAAUAGUAGUACUAGUGCUAGUAAUAAUGCUACAACAACUGGAACAAAGUUCAUCAAAUGUGUUACUGUUGGAGAUGGUGCUGUUGGAAAAACUUGUCUUCUCAUCUCCUACACUAGCAACACUUUCCCCACUGAUUAUGUGCCAACUGUUUUUGACAAUUUCAGUGCCAAUGUUAAUGUUGAUGGGAAGAUUGUGAAUCUUGGCCUGUGGGAUACUGCUGGUCAAGAGGAUUAUAACAGGCUUAGGCCUCUUAGUUAUCGAGGAGCCGAUGUCUUCCUGCUUGCUUUCUCUCUCAUAAGUAGGCCUAGCUUUGAAAACAUAUCAAAAAAGUGGGUUCCUGAGCUAAGACAUUAUGCCCCAUCAGUGCCUAUUGUUCUAGUGGGGACUAAAUUGGAUUUAAGAGAGGACAAGCAAUUUAUAAGGGACUAUCCUGGUGCAUGUACAAUUUCAACAGAACAGGGUGAAGAACUGAAAAAACAAAUAGGCGCAGUGGCUUAUGUUGAGUGCAGUGCUAAGACGCAGCAGAAUGUGAAGGCUGUUUUUGAUACUGCAAUCAAGGUAGUUCUUCAGCCUCCAAAGACCAAAAAACAGAAAAGGAAACACAAAGCCUGCUGGAUACUUUGAUCUAAGUCGCUGGAAGAGAGACGUUUGUACAUUAAUCUUUUUCCAUUUUGGUGAGAUGUUUAGCCACGCUAUCCGUAGAUUUAAAACUUUCUCUUUUCUUUUCUCCCUAUUUUGCUUUAGUAAGAAUGCCAGUUUUCUCAUUUCAUAGUAUGUGUGAUGUGCUUGUUGAGUUUAUUGCUGGCUGCUUGUACAUGGUUUUAUAUGAUGGAAAAAAAGUGGGAAGUUGUUUGUUUGUCAAUGUGGUGGCAUUGAUGUAGACAGAAUAUGCUGUAUUUUUAUAUGCAAUGAUCUGCAUUGCAUGUGUUGUUUUGGUUUCUGUAGAUGGAAA